CACUACUCGUGUCCACGGAGAGGGUCUUCCGCUGCACGAGCGGCGCUUGUAUCUCCGGGGGAGUAACGAGGGUCGCUUUUUAACGCAGGUUCUGCCAGGCGUGUGGGACGCAACCCUCCGGUCGGACCGUUUCGAACGGAGCGGUGCUGAAACGAGCACUCCUUUCACUCGCGCAUCAUAACCUGGCAGUCCGGCAUGGCCCAGGUGGAGAAGAAGGCCGGUUUGCUGCGCAGGUCCUCGUCCUCCAAGAAGCCGCUGACCGAGAAGGUGGUGCUCAUGUACGAUGAGAUCUUUGGGGUAGAAGAUCCUGCAAAGAAUAAACCACGAUUCUGGGAGGAGCUUUUCCUGAUGAAGGUGAACCUCGAAUAUCUCGAGGGGAAGCUCGAGUCCCUGGAUGGAGACGAGGUGACGAAGAUCCGGGACAACAUCAACCGCUUGUUCCAGCACUGCGUCCAGACGCUGAGCGAGGAGCACCAGAUCAAGGUGGUAAACGCCCUGCAGACACUCUGCGCCUUGUUUCGUGGUGUUCACCAGAAAAACAAGUCCACGUCGGGGUUCGACAUUAUCAACGUGCUCAUGGGCUUCGACAAGGCAGAGCAGCGCAUGAAGGAGCUGAUGGAGAGCCUGGAUGCCUUGCUGUGUGGAGACGGGUCCGAGAGCCUCAAGAGCUUGUGUCUCAAACUGCUGCUGUGCCUGGUGACGGUGACGGACAACAUCAGCCAGAACACGCUCCUCGAGUACAUCAUGAUCAACAGCAUCUUCGAGGCCGUUCUGCAGGUCCUUUCUGUCGCCCCCUGUAGAACGCAGCACGGGUAUGAUGCUGUGGUCCUCCUGGCGCUCCUUGUCAACUACAGGAAGUACGAGUCGGUGAACCCGUACAUCGCGAAACUCUCCAUAGUUGAUGAUGAAAACACCUUGAACGGGUUGGGUAUGGUCAUCUCACAGGCCCUCUCGGAGUACAACAGGCAGUACAAGGACAAAGAAGAGGAGAACCAAGGAGGCUUCUUCUCUGCCUUCACCAGCAUGGUGGGCAGCAUGUUUAUCGCCGAUGCCGAAGAGAAGCUCUCAGUGCAAACCAACGAAGCGAUCCUGCUCGCUCUCUACGAGGCCGUACACCUCAACAGGAACUUCAUCGCCGUGCUCGUGCAGAGCCAUCCCGAGGUGGACAUUGCAAGCACGCCCACCACACCAGUCCCGGCCACACCCACCACCCCCCUGGGCACAACUCCGCCCUCCCUGGACUUGAUGAACUCGGCAGAGCUCCCUCUGGACCCCAACCUCCAGACCAGCAAUCUUCUCAUCACCUUCCUGAAGUACUCAUCCAUUGUCAUGCAGGACACUAAAGAUGAACACAGACUCAAUAGCGCCAGGCUGUGCCUCAUCAUCCUCACCUGCAUUGCAGAGGACCAGUACGCCAAUGCCUUCCUGCACGACGACAACAUGAACUUCAGAGUGAACCUGCACCGCAUGCCCAUGAGGCACCGAAAGAAGCCUGUGGAAAGGAACAUCCCCUCCAGGCCCCUGGUGUGUGCAGUUCUAGACCUAAUGGUGGAGUUCAUCGUUAGUCACAUGAUGAAGGACUUCCCCAUGGAUCUCUACAUGCGCUGCGUCCACGUGAUCCACAAGCUCAUCUGCUACCAGAAGAAGUGCCGAGUCCGGCUGCAUUACACCUGGCAGGACCUCUGGUCAGCUCUCAUUAACUUGCUGAAGUUCCUCUUGUCCAAUGAGACCACCUUGCUGUCCAAGCACAACAUCUUCCCUUUGAUGCUGCUGGUGGUGAACCUCUUCAACAUGUUCAUCACGUACGGGGACACGUUCCUUCCCACUCCCAGCAGCUAUGACGCGCUCUACUACGAGAUCGUGAGGAUGCACCAGGUGUUUGACAACCUCUACUGCAUGGUGCUCAGAGUCUCCACCAACGCCGGACAGUGGAAGGAAUCCGCAAGCAAGGUCACACAAGCGCUGGUGAACGUCAGGGCGAUCAUUAACCAUUUCAACCCCAAGAUUGAGUCGUACGCUGCAGUGAACCACAUCUCUCAGCUGUCUGAGGAUCAGGUUCUGGAAGUGGUACGUUCCAACUACGACACCCUGACCCUGAAGCUCCAGGAUGGUCUCGACCAGUAUGAGCGCUACUCUGAACAGCCCAAGGAAGUGACCUUCUUCAAAGAUCUGGCCCGCUCCAUCAGCCUGAACGUCCGGAGGAAUGUUUCCCUGAAUGCGCUGAGCCAGGAUGUCCUGCUCAAGGAGUUUUCCACCAUCAGCUAAACAUGGGCAAUGUGUCUGGUCCACAUGUAUCGUCUUCUGCCUCCUCGUUCUCUCCUAUCCCAGAUAGUGUUAUUUUCUUAGUCCGCCGUGAAUGUUGGGGGACAGCAGAGUUGCUUCCUACUCUGCUGUUGUGCUUCCAUGGAGGACAGCGAUUUGUUGCGGGACACAACUGUGGUCUCGGACUCCUCCGCUCUCGUGUGGUGACUGUACUGACUCUCUAAAUAGAUAGAAUCACUAGAUUUUUACUGUAAUUGUUACCAGUGUUGAGCUGAUCCUCAUUAAUCAUGAAGCUGCGGAUGGAGAAUUCUCAUUUAGUGCUUCCCAGUGGCUUCCUGUGCUCCUGUGAAGUGGAAGCUCGUCGACCUGCUCCCUUCAACUCCCACGUCCUCCUGGUCCUGGGUUCGGGAAGGCGGAGCUUGAGCAGGCAAGUUUAGGGCAGACCUGUCAUUGAAAAAUAGCACAUUUGCACCCAGGGGAGAAGGAACACUGGAGGUUUAUUAAUGUUUGGCUUUUACUAUUUUGAAUGGAUGUGGUUUUGAUUAAAUGUCAUUUCUAA